CCGCAGCAUAGCAGCACCACAUCACUCUCAUGGUACCUUCCCACCCUUCCCUAACACAGCACAAGUUUUCCCGCAAGAGAGUCAUGAGUCGUCGAAGAUGGCCGCGGUCGCCGCAGGGGAUGGUCUCGAGGCGAAUCGUGAACGCCGCGGCUGCCUCAGUGCUCCUCUGCGCUGGAAGCACUACCAGCAGGGUAGACGCUUUCUGUUCAACAUCACCACCAUCCUCCGCUGCUGCAAGGAGAAUCCCCACCGCCAGCAGCAGCAGCACUGCAAAAACCCAGCAGCAGCCGCACCGACUAAGAUUGGGUGGUGCCUCUGCGUCUGCAUCGCCACUGUGGUCGUCAAGGCUUGAAAGCAACCCUCGGAUCAGCAGCAGCAGAAGCUAUCGGAGCGCCACUGCCGGUACUGGCAUCGGAGCGAGUGCUUUUGUGCUACGGCGGAGCCAAGGCCGAACCGCCACAGCAGCAGCGGCAACACUGGCAGGAAGGCAAGGCCGGAAAUCUGCAGUGGAUGCACUCGGCAUGGCAGCCGACGUGCUGACUACACUGGGGAGAGAUGCGCUAAUGUUUCUCGCGGCCACAGUCGCAGUUGUUCCUGCCUGCAAGAAACUCAACAUCAGUCCCGUCCUGGGUUUCCUAGCGACAGGAGCAAUCCUAGGCCCCUCCGGAAUCAGCGUCAUCAAGAACCUGAACGAGCUCGACACGCUAGGAGAGCUCGGCAUCAGUUUCUUGCUGUUCGAGCAAGGCCUAGAGCUCAGCCUCGACAGGCUCAAGGCGUUGAGCAAGUACGCGUUCGGGCUGGGCACGGCGCAGGUUUUGCUGUGCACGCUGGCUUUCGCCGCAUUUCCGUUUCUGGGAGGAGUCGACGUUCUUGAGGUGAUCUUCCACUCUCCGGCGGAGCUGGUGAGCAUCCGUCGAGUGGACGAGGCCGUGGUAAUCGGGGCGGCUUUGUCGCUCUCGAGCUCGGCUUUCGUGCUAAAGAUCUUACAGGAAAAGGGGCAGAAGGCGGCUCGGUUCGGGCGGGCGGUCCUCGGCAUCCUUCUCCUGCAGGACAUCGCGGUCGUGCCUCUGCUCGUGCUCCUCCCCAUCAUCGAGACGCAGGGGGGCACCGACACGGCGCUUUCGGAGCAGCUGCUGCUUGUUGGCCUGACGGUGGCCAAGGGGGUUGGCGGCCUGGGCGGCAUCCUGGUGGCCGGGCGGUUCCUCCUCCGGCCCUUGUUUGACGUGGUGGCGGGCGCCAGGAGCUCGGAAACCUUCGUCGCUCUCUGUCUCCUCGUGGCGCUCGGAAUGGGCCAGCUGACGGAGGCGAUCGGGCUUAGCACCACCCUGGGGGCCUUCGCCGCAGGCACCCUGCUCGCGGAGACCAACUACCGCACCCAGGUGGAGGCCAACAUCGCUCCCUUCAGGGGGCUGCUGCUGGGGCUCUUCUUCACAACCACAGGCGCAACGGUGGACCCCCAGUUGUUGGUCGAGCAGUGGCCGACGGUGACUGGACUGCUGUUGGGUCUGGUGACCUUUAAGAGCAUCAUCAUUUCUUCCGCCAGCCUCGGGUUCGGCCUGUCCGCCCCGGAGGCGGCGAAGACGGGGCUCAUACUCUCAGGAGGCGGAGAGUUCGCGUUCGUGGUCCUGUCCCUCUCCCAGCGCCUCGGCGUCUUGCCCGACGAGCUGAACAGGCUUCUCAUCGGAGUCGUGGUGCUCUCGAUGGCGCUCACCCCGGCGCUGUCGGAGCUGGGAGACCUGGCUAGCGAGAAGCUGAUAGAGGUCGCGACCAAGAGGGGCAUGGCGAGCGCGGUGGCGGGCCUCGAGCUCAAGGGCCCGGCCGGGGAAGGGGAAGGGAAGGGCCUCGGCGGACAGGAGAAGGUGGUCAUCUGCGGUUUCGGGCCCGUUGGACAGAUCGUCGGCAGCUUGCUGAGCACGCCCGUCAUCAAAGACAAGCUGGGAGCGGACUACGUCGCCUUCGACCUCAACCCGAAACGGGUAAGGCAGAGCAUGGAGCAGGGCUUCCCGGUAUUCUACGGGGACGGUACCGAGCCCGAGGUCCUCAAGACGGCGGGGAUGGGGAAUCCGAAGGCGAUAGUGGUCACGUACAGCAACAAGGAGGUCAGCAACCAGGCCGUGGAGAGGCUCCACCAGGCCUUCCCCGGAUCGCCAAUUUUCGUGCGAGCGACGGAUUACGAGCAAUACCUCUCGCUGCGGGAUUUCGGCGCGACGGCUGUGGUCAGCGAUCUCAGCGAGAUAAGCAUCCGCCUGGGGUCCGAGCUCUUGGAGAGUUUUGGUGUGGCCAGGUCGGACGACGUGCAGAGCGCCAAGACCGACCUCCGAAAAACCUUGGUCGAGCUUGCGCGAAAAGGAGACGUCAAGGGGGACUUCUCCCAGAGGUUCACGCCGGCGAUGCUUAGCGUGAAGCGGGACGUUGCCCUUAAGGGCGUCCCGCCCCCCGGGCAGCCGUUCCCCAAGAACGCCAAGAAGCUAGGCGUAGAUGUGUGCCUGCUUCCCCCCCGCGACAGCGAGGAGGGCGAGGGCAACGACUUGAUCGACGGUCUGUCUACGGCAGAGGACGUGGCAGCACCAACGACGGUGUCCAACGCGCGGCUGGGAGAUGUCAUCAACGGGGGGGACAUGGCUAGUGAAGGAGAUGGGGGGGAUGGCGUGGCGGCGGGGGCGGGGGCGGCGGCGGCGGCAACGACGGCCUCGAGUGAACAACCCUAGACUCCUUGCCCCCCCUGUCUUUUUUCGUGGAGCGGCGUAGUGCUGGCUGUAUCGUGAUUUGUUGUGGCUUGUGUUUUAGCAGGACUAUCAAGAUGAAUUGGGGGGGGGUUAGGGUUAGCCAGCCGUAGAGUGUAAAGGGGGAGUAUCUCUUCGUUGGACAUGAAACUAGCUAGUACUUGGUAUUCUAUUCUCGAGAGGCAACCGAUGGCUGCGAGACAUCGUAUGGACGAAAGAUAUCAUACGGAUGCCCCAGUAGGCCUAAGCAUUAUCGGUAGCUUUUUAUAUAUACAUACCGUAUGUUUCUCUACAUCGUGCUCCGUGUAAAGCUGGGCCAUUGCUUACCUGUACCGUCCCGUCCGGUUCUGUGUCGUGACCUAGUUGGGGGUCGCCGUUGCCCGAAGUCAGCGUGCCUCUCCUGCCGCCGCCUAGUCUUGUGCGGCCCACCCGUUGUUUUCUAUGUAGCACAUGGGGCGUAGUGAUGCCGUUUUUUUUUUUUCAAGUCUUGCCGUGCUCCUCCGUUCCGAAUUGAUGUUUUUCAGCUGUAUUGAGAAGCACCCCCCCGUCUGAAUUAUUCCUGUAUUGAGAAGUGACGGAGGAGAAAGAACGAAAGAGAAAGAUCGCCCGUGGUUGUCAUAGAGCGCGAGUGAGCGCAUUUUCGUUUUUAUCUGUUUUGUAGUGAGAUGGUAGGGGACCAACGGACACGGACACUUGAAAUACCGCGCAACUCGCGCGAUGAAGAAAGACGUCGCGGGCCCGCCGGCCAAGCAAGCGUACAUAGCAGCAGGGAUCGAUUCUUGUAGUGAGUGCUGUACGCUCACCGUUCGCUGCCCGCUUUCUUGGUUGUUGUUUUGGCUUUCUUAAGCCAUGGCGCCAUGGCUAGCCGUUCUCUUUUUUCGGUACGUGCCGUAAACCGAUAGCGCCGUUGUCCCACAAGCCAUUCAGUAGGGCUGUGGGGCUCACCGUUGUGUGUGUGUGUGUGUGUGUGUGUGGUAGUAGUGAGGGGGGUGUACACCCAACAGAUUUGAUGUGUUUCCUUUUGUUCGAGACUACGUCGCACAGACCGGCAAAUACGCCCUGCCUUGUUCUUGUUUCUUUCUCCUCUUCACAAUAUAAGCAUGCGCGAGAUGGAGGGAGAGGUCUAGAUAGACUCGUGCCCCCAAUACAUGGGGGACAGAGGCGUGUUUCAGCAAAACAGGCGCCACAAGCAAAGGGUUUUGACGUUUUUCCCGAGGCGUGGUUUCGUGGCAUCAUUAGUCGAAGGAAGUCUGUGCAAAGGGCAGGCGAUGUUUGCACGGCCCUUGCGGGGGUGUUGUAGCUUGUGUUUCGUGAAGCGAGGGUGAUCGUGUUGUGACGUCCCCGUUUUGGGCAAAAUGUCGGCCACGUCGUUUGGUUCCAAGUAUGUAUCUAGCAUCUUCUCGUGGAUAGUUUUUUUUUUUUUUGCUGUCGUCGGAACCCGCACGAAGGAGAAAUAGAGGGAAUUGUGGAGAGAGAGAAAGAGCUAUUUCAGCAACGCCCGCAUGCCGGCAUGACGAUACCCUUGGAUAUGGACAUGACAUCGGGUCAGCGGGGCGGAGGCACGUGGUGGGCACAGAAAAGCCGUUGACCUUUGCUUCCAAGAUUGAAAUUUCUUGCGUAGAGAGCAGCAUUGUUCUUCCAUGGAAUAGCAAGCCGGUUACCGCACUCUAGAGUACCUCAUCUGUUCUACAACCUGUAUCCCGCGUAUUCUAAGGUUUCGUCCAUAGGAUACAUGGAAGAGCUGAUUGCACUGCGAACAGACGAAACAACGUCAUCAAUAUUUGUAUUCUGUCGAGCCGUCGAGCCGAGCCAUCU